ACUGCUGUUGCGCUCUUUCUCGUUUUAAUACCAUAGUGGACUAGACAGCUACUCGACUUGCAUACGCUAUGAACAUUGGCUGGAUCUGAGAAAGCAAUGUUAAUGGGAAAAACGUUCAAAUGUCAUUUUGGACAAUACUAAUGCGACUCGACACUGUUUCAAGAUAGACAAGGGUGUCCUCACGCGUAUCAAAAUGGAUCUGUCAUUUAUGGCUGCGCAGUCGGUUAUGGUGGGGGCCUUCAUGGACUCGUCGCCCAAUGAUGACUACAGCACGGACCACUCCCUCUUCAACUCCUCAGCCAGCGUCCAUGCCGCCUCCAUGGCGGCCCAUGACCAGCCGGAGCGAGAGCCCAUGUCCCGUGAUGCCAUCUGGCUUUGGAUCGCCAUCACCGCCACUAUCGGGAACAUCGUGGUCGUGGGAGUGGUGUACGCCUUUACUUUCUGAGCGGUGGGGGCCUUGACCCGGAGUCCCCGGCAGGAGGAAGUCACAAGACAUUUGGACAAACCUCAGAACUCCAUGGCAGCCAAGUGGGCCGUUCUGAAUGGCAGCACCGAUACAAGAGGAGCGGAUGAUUCUUGCACAGGCAACUUCUCCAAGAAUUUGUAAGACAUGGACCCACUUUAGAACUGCAUAUGUGUAUUAUUUUGGUCAUGUUACGGCAGACAAAGGUCAUUAUGUAGUAUGCUGUGUACAUAUUAGUUCCAUUGAUUUUAUGUAAAGAUGUUAACAUUUUCUAUAGCUUAAAUAUUCAACAGAUUAGGCAAAUAGCUUCACAACCCUCCAAGCUCAAUUUUCAGUUCUAAAAUCAUAUAAAGGACUGAAAAUAUUCCUAGACUGAUAAUCAAAACCUUUGUAACAUGAUAUUGGGAGCAUUUAGAGCUGGUGGAAAGUUACCAUGAUACCUUUCUAACGUCUUCAGAGCAUGACCCUACAGUUACUAUAUUCAAAAGCCUUCUGCCCAAAGCUUGACAUUUUUGACCAACAUACUAGUAAUAGAAUGCCUGAAGAUCUUAGCUGUACUAGCCUCAUUAAAAUAUAGAUGACCUUGACAUUGAUAGUUUUGAAUCAAGUGAGCCUUUAAUGCUGAAUAGAGACAAUCCUUUUUUUAGCAAAUGCAUUCUACGAGUAAAGUAAUGAUUCACUAAAUAUAUUUCCCUUAAACACCCACAUCAGACCUUUAAUCAGUAUGAUGCGGGAUGUACAAACUUAAUGUUCAACAUUUUCAUUUGCCAUUCUUUUUAGCAAUCCACUUUUCACAUACGAAUGAAAAACCACUCAUCACUGGAAUCCAAGUGUAAUGUAAAUGCCUCUUGACGUGACUGCUGCGGCCACAACAAUUUUAACUUCGGUCCGAAUGUACAUUUUGAUCGAAUACAAUUUGUCUUCCUCUUUCCCUGUUACCCAAUCUGCUUUCAAAGCCGACAUCAUUUUAAUACACCCCAGAUGAGACGGGACCCAGUUACCAUAGCGAUGAAUCUCUGUGUCCCUCUCAAGGAUGCCGUGUCUCUCGCUCCCAGUGCAGUGCACCUGUUCUUUUGCUCAUUAACACAAACACCUGGCUAACAUGAACACGGCUGUCUGUCACGGCGCGUGGUACAUCUCUGUUCUGAGGCGUCCACAGCAUCCAUGUAAUGUGAACUCCCUCAACAGGACCUCAUAUCCCACAAUCGCCCGUAAUCCUUCCUGAACGAUGACGAUGAACGUCCCAUAAACGUAUUACGCUCUAUACACACUCCUGAUUUUACUCAAUCACAUGUUUUCAGUGGCGGGAUUCAGAGCCGGCCAGGCGAGACAGGGGUCAAACCCAUGAACCCCAAAGUCACUCGCUAAAUUACAGCAGCCAGAUAGUGCGCUGUCUGUUCGGAGUAAAGUGGAGGCUUAAUAAAACCUCUCAAACUUUGAUGCGUUCCCACAUGCCAAACGGUAUAGCAGCCCAGAAGGUCAAAUCCAAUAUUUACAUGGAGAAAAGUCCCAAAUGACACCCUAAACCUGUAAUGCUCACUAUGGGCCCUAGUCAAAAGGAGUGCACCAUCAAGGGAAUAGGGGACAUGGGCACUGGUUUGGCUGUGAAGGUAGGGACAGACACGGUAUAAUGUAUUCAUUUUCACUAUAAUUGAUGAGCCUGUGAAUACAGUGUGAUAAGAUGGUCCCUUAUUAACGUUGAUUAAUCAAUCGUUAACACAGAGAUGGAUGACUUGUUGAAAUAGUCAGUUAUAUGAUGAUUAAAGAAUCGCUCUUUCUGAAAAGUGGUGAUUCAUUUUAUGGGACUGAGCUCAAGUGUCAUGUUUUUCAUUAUUUAUUAUGGGGUAGAUUUUAAUAUGAUGGUUUGGUAGCAGAUACCCUUUUUUUCAUUAUUGUUUCAUCCGAUCAGCACUAUAUUUAUUUGCACUUCAAGUGAAUGGCUGGGAAGACUUAAACGUGGGUGUUUGAGUAGGCUGCGCAUAUUCUGAGCAGUUGAUUAGAAAGUUGUUCUAGUUAUCCAGUUAAUGAACCAAGUAUUUCAAGUCUUAUCGAAAAAAUACUUUCCAUUUGUAAAGAUAGGAGCACACAGUUGUUCUUCACUUGCCCUGUAUUAAUUGUCUUUUGUAUCAAAAUGUAGUUACUAUAAUGAAACCUUCAUCAAUAAAUGUAACUGUCAUGUGGCUUGGUUUUGUCAAAUAUAGAUACAUUAAAAUCCUACUUAUGGAGAAUAGAUUAAAUCCAGUAUUGGUUUAAGAUCAAUUUCCUUUAAAGAACCUGUUCAGAGAUAAUUAUCGGACUGGUACAUUAUUUACCAGUGUGAGAUGAUAC